AUGGAACCGAACUCAUAUCCUCGCAUUUACGUAGAGAGAACCCUGGCUCUCAUUAAACCAGACGCCAUCCACAGAAGUGAGGAGAUCGAAGAUGUUAUCCUCAAAUCGGGAUUCACUGUGUUGCAGAAGCGGAAGCUGCAGCUAAGUCCAGAGCAAUGCAGCGACUUCUACGUAGACCAGUUUGGGAAGUUCCUCUUUCCCAAGUUGGCUGCCUUCAUGAGCUCUGGCCCCAUCAUCGCCCUGACGCUGGCCCGCAGCAAUGCUGUUGCCUACUGGAGGAGUCUCAUGGGGCCUGUCAACAGCCCCCAGGCUCGAGAAACUCACCCAGAAUGCCUCAGAGCAAGAUAUGGCACUUGUGACCUGAAGAACGCACUCCACGGCAGUGACUCUUUUUAUGCAGCUGAGAGGGAGAUCAAAUUCAUGUUCCCAAACUCUGUUAUUGAGCCCUUUCCUCCGAGAGAAGAAACCGAAGAAUACCUGAGCAAGCAUGUGACCCCAACUCUGGUUCGAGGGCUCACUCAGCUCUGCAAGCACAAGCCACUCAACCCCUGUGUUUGGCUAGCUGACUGGCUGAUCAAAAACUGUCCCAACAGGCCUCAAAUAUAUGAUGGAGCAGCUGUAGAAGACAAGAAGAAAGAGAAGAAAACAUAA